AUGAACGGGUGGUUGCUCAGCUCUCUUCUCCUGGCCGUCACGCUCCUUUCGGCGUCGGCACGUGGUCCACGUGUCACCGACAAAGUCUAUUUCGACGUGGAGGUUGGCGGCAAACCGAUCGGACGCAUCGUCAUCGGCGUCUUUGGCGAGAUCGUUCCCAAGACCGCGAAGAACUUUGUCGAGUUGGCGCAGCGGCCCGAGGGCGAAGGAUACGUCGGCUCGAAGUUCCACCGCGUCAUCGACAACUUUAUGAUCCAGGGCGGAGACUACACGCGCGGCGACGGCACCGGCGGUCGGUCCAUCUACGGAGAGACGUUCGCCGACGAGAACUUCAAGUUGCACCACUACGGACCCGGAUGGCUGUCGAUGGCGAACGCCGGCGAGGACACCAACGGCUCGCAGUUCUUCAUCACGACCGUCAAGACGACGUGGCUCGACGGAAAGCACGUCGUGUUCGGCAAAGUUCUCGAGGGAAUGGAUGUGGUGCGACAGAUCGAGAGGACCGAGAAGGGGCCCGGCGACCGGCCGAUCGACGAUGUCGUUAUCGCCGCCGCCGGACACAUUCCCGUUGAUGAGCCGUUCACUGUUGCGCGCACCGGAGCCGAGUAA